GGCUGCCCAUUUUUCAAACCCCCUAUUUACAGUCGGGGUAGAAAAAAAGCCCAGUUUACCAGGAGGCUACUUAUACGGCGCCGGGUUAGGCAUAUGUUUCACCUGCUUGGCCAAUUAGCUUCCUCUUCCCGCAAGACUAGUUCAACAGGUUUCCUUUUUCUCUUCCUCCGCCUCCUGGGUUGGGGAAAGAGGUUGUCACUUCGCUUCGACCCUCCCCUUCCCUCCCUCUCGGCUCUGCCCCGCCAGCUCGGACCAAUCGCGCCGGCUCGAACGUGUCCAGGUUGGCGGCCCCCGGCGCGGCCGGCCCGGAUGCGCCGAGCGGCCCAGGGCGCAGGGGAGGGCGCGGCGGGUUCGCUGGGCCUGCGCCCCGGACGGUGGGAGUCGGGGAAGCGGGAGGAGGAGACUGUCUGAAGGUGCACUCCAGACGCGGCCCUGAUGACUGAACUACAGCAAGAUGUGGACGACACAAAGCCUGCCAAAGUGCUCGGGAAGAGAGAGAGCAAAAUUGGCUCAGCCCACUCAGAGGCUGAGAACGGUGUGGAGGAGAAAAAGAAGGUCUGCAGGGCGCCAGCAGCCCUGUCCCCUGCUCCGUGCAGCGAGGCCGAGUCCGCAGACCAGAAGAGAAUCAUUUCCCUGCGGUCAAAAUCCAGUUUUGAUGGUGCCUCUUUAGCAAGUGAGAAGAACGACUGUAAAACAGAAAGCAAGAAUGACACUAAGACUGAAAGGAAAAAGUUCUCAUCUUCCAGCCAGGACAAGGCAAACAUACACUUCCACAAGCUGUUUCUGGAUGUCCCCACUGAGGAACCCCUGAGGCAAAGUUUUACCUGUGCUCUACAGAAAGAAAUCUUAUACCAAGGGAAGCUCUUUGUAUCAGAAAACUGGAUUUGUUUUCAUUCCAAGGUCUUUGGAAAAGACACUAAGAUCUCUAUUCCGGCUUUCUCGGUAACCCUGAUAAAGAAAACCAAAACUGCCCUUCUGGUGCCAAAUGCCCUGAUUAUAGCGACUGUCACAGACAGGUACAUAUUUGUCUCCUUACUCUCCAGAGAUUCAACUUACAAACUACUAAAAUCUGUGUGUGGACACUUAGAAACUACAAGUGUUGGCAACAGUCCCAAUCCAUCUUCUCUUGAAAACAGUUUCCAGGCAGACCGCCCUUCAUCUCUGCCUCUGGAUUUCAACGAUGAAUUCUCAGAUCUGGAUGGAGUGGUACGGCAAAGAAGGCAAGACAUGGAAGGAUACAGCAGUUCUGGAUCCCAGACUCCUGAAUCUGAGAACUCUCGAGAUUUCCAUGUGACAGAAUCCCAGACAGUUCUGAAUGUCUCCAAGGGAGAAGCAAAACCAACUCGGGCAGAUGCCCUUGUGAACAGAGUGCCUGAAGGAAAAGCCAAGAGUCUCCCUGGGCAUGGUCAGUCAGAAACCAUUGGAAUCAUACCCAGAGUAAAGUCUCAGAAAUGUCCGACUCUCCACCAUAUUCUUAUAUUCUAUGCAAUUGUUGUCUGUGCACUAAUCAUCUCGACCUUCUACAUGAGAUACAGAAUUAAUUCUCUGGAGGAGCGGCUGGGGUCACUAACCUCCAUCGUGGACACCCAUCAGACUGAACAGACAGCACCAUCCAGCCCGGGGUCGCACGUACAGUUAAAUGUGGAGGUCCUGUGCCGAGAGCUUACAGCCAACAUAAUGAGACUAGAAAAGAUACAAAACAACUUACAAAAGCUACUUGAGAAUGGUGACUGACCAGCCAGAAGCUUGGACCAAUGCAAUACCUCGCACUUCCCUUGAAGUAGGUGCUCCCCAGGCAUUCUGGUGGAGCGCUCCCUGCUGGCCAGAGGAGCGAGCAGAUGGGCAGCCCCAGCCAUGCUUGCCCUUGGAGGUCUCCAGCUCAGGAAAGGGGGGAAGGGGAAUAAUUUUGGUUCCUGUGCAAUAAAAUUUGACCUUGACUCUCUGAGGAAGUUUUCAGGGCUGCUGUCUGAAGAAAACAGAUCCAUCUCUGGAGGUCUCAGGAAGGGCCUGGCGGACUUGGACGAUUGUGGUUCAGUGGGUUAUCAUGACUGUGUCAGCGAUACUGACAUAUUCCUCCACUCCAUGCCUUUUCAGUCCUACCCACCUGCCUUUUCUCUCCUGUACACCCCUCUGAACCAACCUUCAAACUAAGAGAUAUAUCGUGUGCCAACAAACUCAGUAGGAUCCUUUAAAGAAUUUGCCAUGACUCUCC